AUGUCUAAUAUCUCUAUGAUAAUCAUUGGAGCAGAACUUUUCCUUACAGAUGAACACUUGGAUCGUGUUCCUGGCAGCCUUUGCGGCUUUUGCUGCAACUGCGAGAGCAGAUUUUUUAUUUAUUCAUUGAAUUUUUCUUCUUUCUUAAUAGACAAAAUCGUCUGUUAUUUUGGUAGCUGGUCGACUUAUAGACCUGAUGCAGGCAAAUUCGAAGUAGAAAACAUCGAUCCAAAUCUUUGUACUCACAUAAUUUACACAUUUGUUGGAAUAAGCGAAGAAGGAGAAGUUAAAGUAUUAGAUUCUUGGCAAGAUCUUCCAAACGAUUACGGAAAGAAUGGUUUUGGUAGAUUCAACAAACUCCGUAAAAUCAAUCCAAACGUUAAAACUAUAAUCGCCAUCGGAGGAUGGAACGAGGGUUCGACAAAAUAUUCUCGCGUUGUUGCAAAUCCUGGUCUUCGUGCUAAGUUCGUUCAAUCCGUUGUCAAUUUCUUAAAAAAAUAUGAUUUCGAUGGAUUCGAUGUUGAUUGGGAAUAUCCGAAUCAACGUGGAGGCAAGGCUGAUGACAAACAAAACUACGUUUCUCUUUUAAAAGAACUUAGAGAAGCAUUUGACAAACAUGGAUACAUUCUUAGCGCGGCUGUUGGUGCUGCUGAAUCUUCUGCUUCUCAAUCUUACAUCAUUCCUGAAAUGUCCAAACAUUUGCACUUAAUCAAUCUUAUGGCUUACGACCUUCACGGUUCUUGGGAAUCCACAACUGGAAUCAAUGCACCUCUUUAUCCCCAAAAAGGCAUAACUGGUAACAACGCUAAACUCACUACUGAUGCAGCAAUACAAUAUUGGCUAGAUCAAGGUGCCCCACCUGAAAAAUUGAUUGUCGGCGUACCUUUCUACGGUAGAUCUUUUUCUCUUCAAAACGCUCAAAAUAAUAAGGUUGGAGCCCCAACCACUGGACCAGGAAUGGCAGGAGAAUACACUCGUGAACCUGGAAUGUUGGGAUACAAUGAAAUUUGCAAAAGAGUACAGAGUGGUAAAUGGACUGUUGUUUACGACGAGGAUCAACGCGUACCUUAUGCAUAUAGCGAUAAUCAAUGGGUUGGCUAUGACAAUCCUCAAUCUUUGAAGGAAAAAGCUGAAUAUAUUAAAGCUAAGGGUCUUGGCGGUGCUAUGUUGUGGAGCGUUGAAACUGACGACUUCCAGGGUGCAUGUGGAGAAAAAUAUCCUCUUCUGAAAGUUUUGAACAAUGUUUUGCUAAAUGGUCCACCUUUAAAACCCACCUCACCUACUAAACCAACAGAAUCUACUACACCAACCAAACCUACUAAACAAACUAAAUCAACAGAAUCUACUGCACCAACCAAACCUACUGAAUCAACAACUGUCACCCCACCACACGAUGGUAUUUGCACCAAGGAAGGAUUUGUUCCUGAUCCUCAUAUCUGUUCUAAAUUCUAUCAGUGUAUUCGUAUCGAUGGUCACUUCAAAGCCAUUGAAUUCAACUGUCCCGAUGGUCUUGUUUUUAAUCCAAAAAUAUUAGGCUGUGACUACCCAAGUUCAGUUAUAUGUCCAUAGAACAAAUAAAAAUGAUGCAUUUUGUAGAACUAACUUUCUUACUUGACUGCAGUAAAACCUUUUUUCUUAUAUUAAAAAUAAAUAAUAUAUACAUAUAUAUACAAUCCAUAU